AUCGUCGGCACAACAAAGAAACACAGGUCCAUUCUGACGCACCAUGGAGGUUGUUGUUGGGCUGUUGCUGUUGUUAAAGAUCCUGUCGGCCGCUGUUCUAUUGGCAGUGAUAGGAUUUGUGGGUGUUCCACUGUUGUUGGCAGGAAUCACAGUAUGGAGAUCCAAGACGAGUGCUACCAAGCCAGUGGCCUCCUCGCUCUAUGUGGGCCGUGUUUGGCAUGCAAGGCUGCUUCCUAAGCGGCAUGCUUUCAAUUAUCCGUUAUUUUUGUUUGCGUUGGAUUUGGAGGAGACGGAUGAAUUAUUCUCGGAUACCUUGUGGCCACUCAGUCUCAUUGUCAACUUGCAGAAGGAGGACCAUCUCAAGAAUGGGGAGGGCUUGGCCAAAGACACACCAACAACUGCAACUGAACCAUCCAAUACCAAGGUUCCACACGAGACUGCGAAUCGAGUACUGCGGCUAGUGGCAGAGAAAACCAAGAAUUCCUUCCAGCCAACAUUGGAGUCGCAUCGAGUUAUCCUCAUCACACACCUACGCUACUAUGGAUACUGUUUCAACCCCGUUUCGUUCUACUAUGUGCAAGAAAAGGGUACCAAUAAACUGGUUUCAGUGGUGGCCGAAGUCAGCAAUACACCUUGGAACGAAAUGCACUGUUACGUUCUUCAUCCAGACAGUAUCGAUAAUGUCCAAGUCAAGGGAGAAGAAGAAAAGGACACGAAACAACGCAUCAACUACAAAUUCCCAAAAUGUUUCCAUGUAUCGCCCUUUAUGGAAAUGAACUACACAUAUGAUUGGACCUUUACCAAUUUCCUAUUACAUUCCAAAGAAAUCCCUCUGAUUGCACGCACCAUGAUGAAACGAGGCGAAAGUGAGGUUCAUUUCACGGCCAACUUUGAAUGCUUCCGCCAUGGGAUGCAUCCAUUCACGGUUGCGUGGCAAUUGAUAUACUAUCCUGUGUACUGCAUGAUCAUUCAGAUAUGGAUUCACUAUGAGGCAUUCUGGCUUUUUGUCAAGGGCAUAGUCUUUGUUCCACAUCCCAAUGAUGCCGAAACCGCAGCCAGUAGGAUCAUUGCAGCCAUUAUGACUCCUCUGUUUGCCUUGAAAGAUUGGUUCGAUGAACUUAGGGGAAAGUCAUCACCAACCAAGGCGGAGAUGUCGGAAGGCAGUAGCACUGGUGAUGCAGCCAAUGGCAAGGCAAAGACAAGUUAGGCAGCGCUGAACGCGAGGUUUAUUUGGUGGGUGCGAGCAUUCUUGCUUGUGGCUGGUUGCAGCCAAGAACUGCACAAGGUGCUGGUCGGAACUACGGCUGGAUAGGGUCGGGCGAAAGCAGAUUAUCUUCGAAGCGAAACGCUGCUCCAAAGCAUUCCAACUGAAGUUGCCGCUAGUGCGCUCUGCUCUCAAUGUGGCUUUCAAACGGCACAGGAUUUGCUUCCAUAAUCUACAACCAUUCUUAGCCACUUGAUUGCCGCCUCUUUUUCGUUUGAUCUCAAGGGUCGACUGCAGCUGUUUCCUGAAGGACGCAUAGCCUAUAUGAGAAUGGAUUGUGGUGUGCAGUCGGGCGGAAAGGUACGGUGCUGUACGUGGAUGAACAUCCUUGAAAGGGUGUGCCCAAUACCGUAGAGUCGAGUCUAAUAGAUAUUCCCAACAGAAAGAUGUGCAACGGAUGUCCAUUCAUGAGCUAGCUGGGUACCAACUUUUAAAACUGGAGUUCAAUGGCGCCGCCAGAGUUUGUUGUUCUCGAAGGCGCGCGCCUGAAGAACUCUUUCCAGCAAUAGUUGACUCUUCCUUGUUUCCCAGAGUUGAUACGAUACGGUUGCGCCAUGGUUUGUGUUCUACAAAGUGCUUUAUUGAGAUAGUGAAAUGGGAAGUUCUAGUUUUAAUAAAAUUAAAAAGUGUGGUUCAUUCGUGUGCUGAUACAGUAUGCAGGAGGGGGUCUCUCAGGCCAUGGAGGAGACCAAAACAAGGUGUGUGCGGUGGUCCAUGGAUCCAAUCCAAGAUGCUAGUGAUACAAAAGGGUAGCCGCUUCGAUUCUCGCAGUACUCUGACGCACUAGUGAAUGCGAGAGGUGGCGGGCGGCAUCUGGGGCAAGGACUUUGGUACCAUUGGACUGCAAGCCAUCGGUUUGGGUGUCUUCAUGUGUUGUCGUUGGUGUGCUCGACGCAUAUCCUUGCGGUCUCGAAUAAGUCCAGAGGCAAACAUGGUUGAUGGUUGGUACGGUACUGAAGGAUUGAAAAGAAUUGACACCUCGACGGAACUCUGGGGAUGCGAAAAGUUGCGGCUUGGUUUUGUUCUGUGAAGUCAGAAUUUGUUGUGUUGAUAACUUCAGUAGUUACUGUUUUGUGGCUAUUCCAAAAGUUGAGUUCUGGUCUUCUUUGAUUGCUGGUCAAGCCUUGUGGGAUAUGCGCUACCAACUGGUGUUAUUAUUAGGAGUGGCACAGGAGCUUCAAGAGUUGUCAAACCGCUUCCAAGAGUUGUCAAACUUGUCGCCGGUGUUGGCGCCGCUGUCAACUCCUUCUUGGAACUGCCCCGAACCCACCUCGAUCAGGCCGAAGCCAGCAACUGUUGCCAACAGUUGGCUUGACGAGGCUUUGACACGAUGAAGAUUGGUUGUUCCCGAACCGAACCUCCGUGCAAAUGCAUUGGAUCCUUGCAAUUGCAGAGAGACGUUCAAUCUUGCAUUAC